AUAAUUUACCCUCCUCUGAAAAAUAGAGGUGUAAUUCAGAACUGUUGAAUCCCUCACAAUGCAGAGACUACUGUUUCUCAAACGAGGCUCAGAAUUGCUCAAAAACCACUCUAGCACCACUCCCACCAUUCAAUCAAUCUGCUCAAAAACCCUUCCCCAUCUCUCCAAAACAAACCCAAAUCACCUCACCACAUUCUCCCCCACCCAUCAACUUCGCCAUUUCUCCUCGCACUUCGCCCCCGCUUCACGUUCAUGGCUGCCGCAAAAGAAUUUUUCGGAGAAGAUUUAUGGGGUUGUAUCGAACCCGAUAAUCGUAAAGGAGUUGUUACAGAAUACCCUUUUGAAGACUACAGGGAAAGGGCUUGUUGAUGGUAGAGUUGGGUUCUUUAAACGAAGUUUCGAACGUAACCCAUCAUUUGAGGGGCACCUGAGAGGCUGGAAAUCCUGGCUUCGAAGGCAAGGUGCUAAUAAUGUUAUAUUGGGCUUGGUUUUGGCUAAUGUAGCUGUUUUCAUGUUAUGGCGAUUGGCGGAUCAGCAAUUUAUGUUGAAGCACUUUACAAUUUCAGUAGACAAUUUUAAGAGUGGACGUGUGCACACGUUGAUAACAUCGGCAUUCAGUCAUAUUGACGCAGGUCAUCUAGUCUCUAAUAUGAUCGGACUUUACUUCUUCGGUUCAAAUAUUGGAAGAGUUUUUGGAGCAAAAUUUGUGCUGAAGUUGUAUUUAGCUGGGGCAGUUUGUGGCUCAAUAUUCUAUUUGGUGCACCAUGCCUUUACGGCACCGUCGUCGAAGAAUGGACGAAACCCAUCAAGGACUCCAGGACUGGGAGCAAGUGGAGCAGUGAAUGCUAUUAUGCUGCUUGAUAUGUUCCUCUUUCCGAAAUCUACCAUCCUUGUAGAAUUUAUCAUACCAGUUCCUGCUAUCUUACUGGGUAUCUUUCUUAUUGGAAAAGAUAUGCUGAGAAUAUUACAGGGGGACAGUCACAUCUCAGGAUCAGCGCACUUGGGGGGUGCUGUGGUUGCAGCCGUGACAUGGGCACGAAUCAGGAAGGGACGUUUCUAAAUUUGUGAUUUUAACAGGAAUGUUUCUAACAUCAGCUUAGGUUGUUGAUAACUGCAUUUUCUGAUAGGUUAGUUCCAAAUCGUCUCCUGGGAGCGAGUGUUGAAAGAGGUUUUUGUUCGAGGGUGAACACGAGGAAGGUUCGAUUGGUGCUAAUGAAAAUGUCUUAAUUAGAACUUAUCAAAAAAAUAAUAAAAAUGUCUUAAUUAGGGGCCCCAUUUUAUAA